AUUGCUUUGUGUGUAAGACAAAAAUAUAAAUGUAUGUGAGUACAUGUAUAUUACAUAUAUAUAAUAUAUGUAAAAAUGAUUGUUAUCAAGGAUAAUAUUAAAUUCAGAUAAUCCUCGUGGAGAAAUAAGCCAAAAAUAAUUUUCAAUUUUAUAUAAUUAUUUUAAAUAAUUGUUAAUUAAAUAAAUUACUGUGAAAAAAGUGUUAUUAGAUUUAAUGAUAAAAGUGGUGUGAUAAUGAUUAGAUGGAGAGUAUAUUUUCUUUGUCUUGAUUAAAGUUUAAAAAUACUAACAUAUAUUGAUUUGUUGAUAUUGAAAAGAAGGCACGUGAAAGAAAGAAAUAUAUAUAUUUAUACUUAUAUAUAAAAUAUAAUAUUGAUAAAAAAUUGUUGGGUGAAUUUAGUAUAAAAGUAAUGUUACUACUUCAUAGCAAUGGUAUUAAGGAUAAAAUUAUCACGAGUUGUAGUACUAAUGAAUCUGUGGAUAGUACGUAUAUUAAAUUGUUGUGAUUUUGAGUUUUUUUAAUAAAUGUUAAAUUAGUGAUCAUAAACACCCGGUGAUAUGUUUUCAACACCGGCAUCUGUUGCUAGUGAGUCGUCAGGCUAUGACUUUGAGAAAGAGGAAAAUGCUGCCAAGUGGAAAGGAGUAUUUGUCAAUUCUCUUAGAAAGGUUUUGGAGCAAGUACAUCCCAGUUUGGAGGCUAGACAAGAUGCACUGGAUUACGUAGAGAGUUUGAUCCUCAGGAUGCUGGGAAUGUUGUGCGGUCAUCCACCUCCUCAUACACCUCAGGAUAUUGAAGAGAGAGUUAGAAAAACUUUUCCCACUCCAAUUGACAGAUGGGCACUUCGUGAUGCACGAGAUGCAUUAGAAAAAGGGAAAAAAAAAUCGCCUUUAGUCUUGCCUGUUGAUAAAAUCCAUCAAUUGUUACAAAAAGAAGUGUUGCAGCACAAAAUCGAUUCUCAAGUUAGUCUCUUUGUGGUUGGAGUACUCGAGUAUAUUUCAGCUGAUAUAUUAAAGUUAGCUGGAAAUUAUGUUAAAAAUAUACAUCACGUUGAAAUAUCAUGCGAGGACAUAAGAGUGGCGAUGUACGCAGAUAUGGUGUUGAUGGAUAUGUUCUAUCAAGAUGACUGUACGGAAGGCCUACAGAGCAGUCUAGGUGCUGUGGUUUCUCAAACUUAUGAAGAAUCCGUUCGAGAUCUCAUUCACGAUGAACGACAUUAUUUAAGAGAUUUACAUAUGAUUAUUAAGGUAUUUCGAGAAGAAAUCGCAAAGCUUGCACCGGAUAAAGGUGAACUAGAAAAACUCUUCAGUAACAUUAUGGACAUUUACGAGGUAACAGUGACACUAUUAGGAAGCCUCGAGGAUAUAAUGGAAAUUACAGAAGAAAAACAAACGCCUACAGUAGGGUCAUGUUUUGAAGAGCUUGCUGAAGCUGAAGAGUUUGACGUCUAUAUAAAAUAUGCUGAAGCUAUGAAUAGUCCAGAUAGUCGUGAAGUUUUAACGAGGUUAUUGUCAAGGCCUGAAGCUAAUGCAGCCUUGAGAGCUGCUGGUCAUGGUUUUAAAGAAGCUGUUAAAUAUUAUUUGCCAAAAUUAUUAAUGCAACCAGUAUGGCAUUGUUUUUUAUAUUUUGACUAUAUUAAGGUAUUACAAAAACGCACACCAAGUACAGAAGACAGUGAGACCCUGGAGCAAGUUCAAGGUCUCUUGAGGCCACUUCAGAUGAAGCUUUUGCAGUCAGUAGCAAGUCUUCCAAAAAAAGACACCGGUUUGCGAAUGCAAAGUCGGGCAAGACGGCACGCUGCGUUAGAAAAAACAAGUGAGCUCCAAAAAACUGUUGAUGGUUGGGACCAACGUGACAUUGGCCAGUGUUGUAAUGAAUUUAUUCGUGAGGACAUGUUACGUAAAGUUGCUAGUAAUGGACGUAGAUUAACUGAAAGGAGGGCAUUGUUAUUUGAUGGUUUGUUAGUUUUAUGUAAACCCAGUGGUGGUAAACGUGUUAGUGUUACUGUUGCGGCUGUUGGAGUUGGUGGUGGGCAUCCCAAUCAUCAGGGUGAACUUCGUUUAAAAGAGCGGUUUUUUAUUAGAAAAGUUGACAUUAUUGAUCGAGAAGACACUGAGGAAUUUAAAAAUGCAUUCGAAAUCGCGCCAAGGGAUCACCCGAAUGUUAUUCUUGUUGCUAAAUCUGUGGAGGACAAAAACAGCUGGAUGGCUGAUCUUGUUAUGUUGAAUACUAAAAGUAUGUUGGAGAGGACGUUAGAUAGUAUUUUAUUAGACGAAGAAAGGAAGCAUCCACUGAGGCUGCCACCACCGCAUUUGUAUAUAUUUGCGGAACAAGACUGUCCAGAUAAUAUAGUAUUGGAGGCUAGAGAAAACGGCGGUGUACCAUUAAUCAAAGGUGCUACGCUUAAUAAGCUUGUUGAACGGCUUACGUAUCAUAUUUACGCUGAUCCAGCAUUCGUACGAACAUUCCUUACUACAUAUAGGAGUUUUUGUCAAUCACAUGAACUACUUGAUCUACUGAUCUUCCGUUUUGAUAUACCAGAUCCUUCAAAAGUUUACGGAGAGGAAGAAAAACCAAGUGGCUGCAAAGCCACUGCAAGGGAGGAUUGGAAAAGAUAUCGAAAAGAAUUUUGUCAGCCGGUUCAAUUUCGAGUGCUUAAUGUUUUAAGGCAUUGGGUUGAUCAUCAUUUUUAUGAUUUUGAACAUGAUAAAGAAUUAUUAGAAAAAUUGCAAAAUUUUUUAGAACAAGUUAAUGGUAAAUCGAUGAAAAAAUGGGUUGACUCGGUGAUUAAAAUUGUUCAGAGAAAAUGUGAACCUUUUGAACACAGACCCAUUACUUUUAGUUUUGAAAAAUCUCCACCAGCUAUUGAGUGGCAUUUAAAAGUUCCUGAAGAAGAAUGGGAAGAAAGAGGAAUCCUUACGUUACAUCCCAUUGAAUUAGCAAGACAGUUAACUCUGUUUGAGUUUGAGUUGUACAGAAACGUAAAACCCUCAGAAAUAGUUGGAUCAGAAUGGACGAAAGACAAUAAAGAAGUAACGUCACCUAAUUUGCUAAAAUUAAUGAAGCACACGACAAAUUUUACAAGAUGGCUUGAAAAAACGAUAUUAGAAACAGAAAAUCUUGAAGAAAGAGUUGCUGUCGUAUCGCGGGUAAUUGAAAUAAUGAUUGUACUGCAAGAUCUCAAUAAUUUUAAUGGCGUAUUGGCAAUUGUCAGUGCUAUGGCAUCGGCUGCAUUGUUUAGAUUACAUUGUACGUUUCAGCAAGUACCUGCAAGAUUAUUAAAAGCAUUAGAGGAAGCCCGAGAUUUAGGCAAUGACCAUUUUAAAAAAUAUCAAGAGAAAUUACGCUCCAUCAAUCCACCUUGUGUACCAUUUUUCGGUAUUUACCUGACAAACAUUAUUCAUAUUAAGGAUGGAAACCCUGACUAUCUUCCCGGCAAUCCUAAACUUAUAAAUUUUAGUAAGCGACGAAAAGUUGCUGAAAUAACGGGUGAAAUUCAGCAAUACCAAAACCAACCUUAUUGUCUGUCCGUUGAACCAAGGAUAAGGCAUUUUAUUGAGAAUUUAUCGCCAUUUGAUGCAGAUAUGCCACUAGCGGAUAUCGAUCAUUAUUUGUACAAUAAAAGUGUCGAGUUAGAGCCAAGAGGAACUCGACAGCCACUUAGAGCUCCCAGAAAAUGGCCAGAUUUAAAUCUUAAAUCACCAGGAAUAAAAGCUCGAAGUAUGAGCGGUAAAUUACCAGCUCCACUUCAAGCAAUGGCUUCUAGUGUUAGAUUACAUGAUCCAACACCAGAACCGGCGCCAGAGUUACCAGAAACUCCACCACAUAAUUCACAAAACAUGACUCACAGUAGUGAUCACAGUGUUUUUGCGCCUAUAUUACUUGGUAAAGGUACAGGCCCACCUCCUGGAUCUCCAGGGCCAUUGAGUAUGUCUGGUCUUUCACUGGGUUCUCCAGGUAACAGUCCUCAAUUAGGAUCACCUGGACACCUUCCAUCACAUCAUCAACCUCAGACAACGCAUUUUGGUUUCAAUUCUGGAACAAUAAAUAUUACGGGUGCUCUUGCUGGUCUUCCAUCGUCUAGUGGUAGCCCUGGUGCUGUUUUACCUACACCACCCUCGCCAAGUAAUAUGCCCUUAAGCCAGCCUCCACCGCCAUUGCCACCUCGGUCCCAUCGAAGACGCGAAAGCUCCAUCAGCGAGUCUCCGCAGCAGGCACGACAAGCACCUAAUGCGCCAAUUUUACCACCUCGGGAAGGAACAUCUCCGCCGCCGCCGCUUCCACCGCGAAAAGACUUACUACCAGCGACUCUUCCACCUCGACUGCCAUGCACACUAAACCCUUGCACCUCGGCACUUCUGGCCCGACGUAAUUCAACCCUUGAAGGAACAUCACCGAAUGCGACACACCCGAGGCGGUACAUGUCUUUCAAUGGUCCAAGUCCCACGACACUUCCGCCUACUCAGCCAAACGGUUCGGUGACACCUAGGUUACCACCUAGACCUCUGCCAGGACGCCCGCCGACCAUGUUUAACUUCAACACCCCACCAGGACCUAGUUAAAUUGCUCACUAAUUGUCAGUGUUAUCUCAAAUGUAAACCUUGUUUUAUUUUUUUAUCAAGUUAAUUAAACAAUGUUAUUUUAACUGAAUUAUUUUAAGUAAAAUAAAUAACAAUGUACCUUAAAAUUAUCAAUAAU